AUGUCUCUCGCUCAAUUCUUUGUAUGGUAUGGUUACAAUGAAAAAAGUGCAAAUGGCCCCCGAUAUUGGGGUGAUCUCAAAGAAGAAUGGGCAGCUUGUAAAAUAGGGAAAAUUCAAUCUCCUAUUGAUUUGUCCACUAAUGGAGUGGAAGUGAUCCCCAAGUUAGGGGGACUAAAGUACUGGAACUAUAAGCCUCAACAUGCAACCGUCUCCAACAGGGGUCAUGAUGUUGCAGUCAUUUGGGGAGGGGAUGCUGGUUCAAUAGAUAUAAAUGGAACACCUUUCUUCCUCCAACAAGCCCAUUGGCACUGGCCUUCCGAACAUACCAUCAAUGGCCGCAGGUAUGACUUGGAGUUGCACAUGGUUCAUGUUAGCCCACAGCCUGAUGGAACAAAUAAGACUGCGGUUGUUGGUAUUCUGUACAAGUACGGUUCCCCUGAUCCGUUGCUCUCUAAGUUGGGAAAAUACAUAACGGAGAUUCCUGAAGAGGAUGAAGAAAAAAGCGUAGGGGUGAUUGAUCCCUCAAAAAUCAUGAAGGGCAGCAAGAUGUACUACAGGUACAUGGGAUCACUCACUGACACACCACAACCAGACAACCCAAUGAUGACUAUUCAUGUCUUCCCCCAGGGAAGUAUAAUAAACUUCUAGCUGAUAGAUAAACGGGAGUUGAUUCCUUUUGCUUGUAAUUUUCUUUUUUCAUUUUUGUUUUCCUUCCACUGCCAAGAAAACUAUUGGAUUUUAUA